CUUAUUUCGACCAAUGGCAAAGCGCGCUUUUUACAAACUCAUAUGAGUCCAGGAAGUUGACAGCCCACUGUGGUGAGAAAGGACGGGGCUAGUGGUUUUUAAAUCUGCACAAAACACCCGAUAAAACAAAACAUUUGGAGCUGUUCCGGUCUGAAAUACUUUACUGGAUGAUCGGAAGGAAGAAACGGAUACUCUGUUGAAUUAUAGGAACACAGAAGUUGCUUCAGUUGCUCCUCACAGCUUUAUCUCCUCAUCAUGGACUCUUCUCCAAUCCUUCGUCAACAGAGUCAGAAUAAAAUCCGCAGUGACUUUAUGAGAAUGAAGAAUGAACAAAACAAAAAGGUAACGGACACAAAGCCUUCCAAACCCAUGUCAGCAUCUCACCUUUCCAACAAAAAUAUUGAGAACAAAGAUCCAGGAAGCUCAGCCACUGGUAAAAAGGCACCUCUGCGAGCAGGUAUAAGCAGACUUCCGGUGCUUGCAAAGUCCCUCCAUCUUCAGACUCCCUCGGACUUCAGUCAGUCCCACUGCAGGUGGGAGGAGAAACCUCUGGCUCGAAAAGCGCCGAAGAAAAAGCCACUCACUCGGCCUGUACCUUUUAACCUGUCACAGCCCAAAAGCACAAGAACGGCUGCUGAAAACCAACCUCUGGCUGUCCCAAAGCUUAGGACUCAUGCAAACACAAAACCGUCUAAACAUCCAACCGCUUUAAACGGCAACAAGGACUCAACCAAAGCUGCAGGGAAGCCUCUCGGAAAGACAACAGAAGAUGCUUCCCACCUACCGGGACCAACUGGGCCUUCCAGCACAUUUCAGACUUCAUCUUUGUCCACCGCUAUGUCAUCCCUUCCUGAUAGUGCUGCUACUUCUGCACAGCCUGCCCCCAGUGCAGAGGUCUAUUUGAAUAGCAUGAACCUGCUCAGUCUAAAAGACCAUUCAAAAACAGCACAUGCUAGUCGGACCACGCAGUGCAAUUCUUCAAAAGGUGAAAAGGGGGAGAACUUCCAGCCUGACCAUGCGGCUUUGCUUAGCAUCCUCCGGAACGAAGGAGUGGGCGUCACAGGUCCGGCGCCUACGACUCCGCAGUCCAAACCGUACAACUAUUUGCCCCAGCGAGUGUCCGUCAUGAAGAGCCGGCAGAAAGCUGGAGCCCCUGCAGGAUCAGUGAAGUCUGUGCAGUUCUCUCCAGACCCCGCUGCGCUGCAAAGCAUCCUCCAGAACGAGGGAGUGAAAGCUGGAGGGCCCGUGGGCACAACACCCCGAAGUUCAGUCUGUCCACCAAGCAGGGCGACUUCAAUCUACACAGCUCAGAGAGUGCCGGUUAGAAAGAAUCGUCCAGAGGCGACUGCUGCGCCAGCAACAGCAGCAGCAGCACUCAAAGAGACGGCGCUGAACAAAUGGACCCCACAGAGAGUCCGCAACACCAGACAUCAGCCCCUGUCUGCUAUGAAAUGGCAUCAGUCGCCAUACGGCACUCCUGGAUUCAAGAGCUGCAAAACCAACCUUCAGCCCCAACAGGAGGUGAGAUGGGAAACCCUGACUUAACCUAUUAUUUUA